AAAAGAAAGAGAGAGAGGAAGGAAAAAAAGUACUCAAGAAAAGAAAAGGUAGAAACUUGGAUAGUUCAAUAUUCUCGUCUUCAUAAGGCACCAACGAGACCCCAUCUCACUCUAUUUCUCACUCUCUCUCGCCACUGCAAUCACUUGCUCCAGCCAUUGACUGAGGAAUUUGGUCAUUAUGGGAGAUAAUAAUUCACCAACGAGUGAGAAAAGAGACCCAGAACCUGAUGAAAACCCCGAAAGCAAGAUGGGUGAAAAUAGCAUUGAGGCGAUAACUAGGAGGGUUCAAGAGUCCCUUGCUAUCGAAAACCGGCACAAGUUUUGGGAAACACAGCCUGUUGGGCAAUUCAAGGACAUUGGAGAUUCGAGCUUGCCCGAAGGACCCAUUGAGCAGCCUACUGCAGUGUCUGAAGUCAAGCAGGAGCCCUAUAAGUUGCCUGCGGAUUAUGAGUGGAUUACAUGUGACUUGGAAACUGAUGAUAUGUGCAGCCAGGUCUACAACCUUUUGACUAACAACUAUGUAGAGGAUGAUGAAAACAUGUUUAGGUUCAACUAUUCUAAGGAGUUCCUUCAGUGGGCCCUUCGACCACCUGGUCACUUCAAGAGCUGGCAUAUUGGUGUGCGAGCAAUGAAGUCAAAAAAGCUGGUUGCUUUCAUUACGGGUGUUCCAGCUAGGAUACGGGUUCGUGAUGAAGUUGUUCCAAUGGCUGAGGUUAACUUCCUGUGUGUGCAUAAGAGGCUGAGGUCGAAAAGGCUUGCACCUGUUAUGAUCAAGGAGGUGACUAGAAGGGUUCAUCUGGAAAAUAUAUGGCAAGCUGCUUAUACUGCUGGUGUUGUUAUUCCAACACCCAUAGCGACCUGUCAAUAUUGGCAUAGGUCUCUUAACCCAAAGAAGCUGAUUGAUGUUGGAUUUUCUAGGCUUGGCCCGAGAAUGACAAUGAGCCGCACCAUAAGGCUUUAUAAGCUACCCGAUUCAACAGUUACACCUGGUUUCAGGAAGAUGGAGCUUCGUGAUGUUCCUGCUGUUACCCGGCUUUUGAUGGGUUAUUUGAGCCAGUUCGUUGUGGCUACUGACUUUGAUGAAGAUGAUGUUGAGCAUUGGCUUCUUCCCAAAGAAAAUGUAGUUGAUGGUUAUGUUGUUGAAAGUCCCUUGACUCAUGAGAUCACUGAUUUCUGCAGCUUUUACACUCUCCCUUCUACUAUUCUUGGCAACCCAAAUUACUCAACUCUGAAGGCUGCCUACUCUUACUACAACGUGGCUACAAAAACCCCGCUGCUUCAGUUGAUGAAUGAUGCUCUUAUCAUUGCAAAGUCGAAGGACUAUGAUGUUUUUAAUGCCCUGGAUGUUAUGGAGAAUGAAUCAUUUCUCAAGGAGCUGAAAUUUGGGCCGGGAGAUGGAAAGCUUCAUUACUAUCUGUACAACUAUCGCUUAAGGCAACCUAUAAAGCCUUCAGAACUUGGGCUUGUACUCUUGUAGGUUAUGUUUCCUGGCAAUAAUUGAGUGGACUUUCAAGAUAUCCUUGGUAAGACCUCAUUUUGCUGAGUUAUUGGGACUAGAGAUUUUUGAAAUUCAUUAUUGUCUCUUCAUGUUUGAUACUCUAUUUAAAUUUUGUUUCUGUUUACUGAUUGAAAUUAUGGGCAACUUGUUAAAUGCUGUAGUUAAAGGCAUUAAGCGUGUCUUCUAUUGCUUUCAAGUAUUGCAACUACUACUUGUUUGCCACUUAGAAAAGGUCUAGCCCAUCAGUUUGAUUUACUUUAUGAUGGCUGGUGCCUGCAUUUUGUCAUGUAUAUGCAUAGCACAGUGGAUGGCUGCAUCCUGUCAAUGCUACUCCCAAUAGAUGAAUUUUGUUCUUGCCUUUUGUUAUUA